UGAACGAGCAAAGUUCAUAGCGUGGCAAAAAUGUUGAAGGGGCGUAUCGGUCUAGUAAUACAACAGUCGCACAAGGCGGCCCUCUUUUCUGCCAGUCAACAGCGCUGGCAGACAAAUGCGGCUACAGCUGAGGCCAGAGAAGAUCCCGAAUGGCUCCAGGCCAAACCAUUCGAGCAGAUUCCCCGGGCCAAUAUGCUAUCUUUAUUUGCGAAAAUUGCGUUGCCCGGUGGAAAAUAUAAGAAUAUGGAAUUGAUGGAUAUGUUUGACGCCAUGCGUCAGGAUUAUGGAAAUGUAUUUUACAUGUCCGGCAUGUUGGGAAGUCCAGCCUUUGUGAUGACGCACAAUCCCAAGGACUUCGAGGUGAUUUUCCGCAAUGAAGGAGUAUGGCCAUUCCGACCGGGCAGUGAGACAUUGCGUUACCAUCGAACCGUUUAUCGAAAAGAGUUCUUCGAGGGAGUUCAAGGAAUUAUUCCCGCCCAGGGAAAAGCCUGGGGAGACUUCCGAUCUAUCGUAAACCCCGUUCUCAUGCAGCCCAAGAAUGUUAGGGUAUACUACAAAAAGAUGUCACAGGUUAACCAGGAGUUUGUGCAGCGCAUCAAGGAAUUAAGGGAUGCCACCACUCAGGAGGUUCCCGGCGAUUUCCUGGAAACCAUUAACCGGUGGACCCUCGAAUCGGUAUCCGUGGUGGCCCUGGAUAAGCAGCUUGGUUUGCUCAAGGAGUCUGGAAAAAAUAGCGAAGCAACCAAACUUUUCAAGUACCUGGAUGACUUCUUCUUGCUCUCAGCCGAUCUGGAAAUGAAACCCUCCCCCUGGCGAUAUAUCAACACACCACAGUUGAAGAAGAUGAUGAAAACUCUGGAUGGCCUGCAGGGCAUUACUUUGGGCUGUGUGGAUGAGGCGAUCGAGCGAUUGGAGAAGGAGGCCAAGGAGGGUGUGGUGCGUCCAGAGAAUGAACAAAGUGUCCUCGAGAAGCUACUAAAGGUGGACAGGAAAGUGGCCACUGUUAUGGCCAUGGACAUGCUGAUGGCGGGAGUGGAUACGACUUCGAGCACCUUUACGGGACUUUUACUCUGCCUUGCCAAGAAUCCGGAGAAGCAGGCCAAGCUGCGGGAGGAGGUGAUGAAGGUGUUGCCCAACAAGGACUCCGAGUUCACCGAGGUUUCGAUGAAGAACGUUCCCUAUCUGCGAGCCUGCAUCAAGGAAUCCCAGCGUGUCUAUCCUCUGACCGUUGGAAAUGCCCGUGGUCUGACGAGAGAUUCUGUUAUAAGCGGCUAUAGGGUACCAGCCGGUACCUUUGUGUCCAUGAUACCCAUAAGUUCCCUCCAUAACGAAGAGCACUUCCCAAAGGCUUCUGAGUUCCUACCAGAACGCUGGCUACGGAACACAAGUGAUUCCAGUGAUUCCGCCGGAAAAUGCCCGGUAAACGAUCUGAAGACCAAAAACCCUUUCAUAUUCCUGCCCUUCGGCUUUGGACCUCGCAUGUGCGUGGGCAAACGGAUCGUGGAAAUGGAACUGGAACUGGGCAUUGCCAGGCUCCUUCGAAACUUCAAUGUAGAGUUUAAUUAUUCCACAAAGAAUGCUUUCCGCUCUGAACUUAUCAAUCUGCCCAAUAUACCACUCAAGUUUAAGUUCACCGAUGUGCCCAACUAAUGGGUUUUAUAUUGGUGCUUGACUCUGAUAUUCUCUGUUGUGAUAACUUAGGUGUGGUUAAAAAUAU